AUGCGGCAACCUAUACUAGUCGGUUUGUCGGUCCGGUUGCCAUCUCGUAGGCGCAGAAGUGCCCUCGUUAAGAAAACAACAAUGGCGUAUUCGGUAAACAUCUCCGUGGAAGCACCUAUUGAGAAUCAGAUCCAAGAGAUCACUUAUGAUGGCCAAGAAAUUUAUCAAGCGCCUCUUACGUUAUCCGAGAAUCUGGCAAAAAUUGCGCAGAAAAUUGACUUUAGUAAAACUAAUGGAGAUGACGUAAAAAAGGAAUCGGAAAGUGGAGAAAAGGGCGAGGAAGACACGAAAGAUUCAGCUUCUUUCCAGUCUUCUUUGUGGCCGUGGGACAGCGUCAGAAGUAAAUUAAGAAACGCAUUAACCGAAGUAUGCGUGUUAGCAGAUGUUCUAGCAAUAGCAAAAGAGAAGCAUUACAUGGUUCUAGAUCCAGUGUCCCAAGAGCCAGCUGAAGUGAAACCUAUGAUACAAGUGUACGCUAGAAAGAAAGCAUUAGCAGGAGCUGCAUCUGUCAUUAUGAUGGGUGCAGACAGAUUAAAAAAUUGCCAGAAUGAAUUAGCUAGAAAUAGAUCAACACCAGAUUUUCAUAUUGAACUAUUGAGACUGAGGCAAAACUGGCGCCUGAAAAAAGUUUCCAAUUCGAUUAUCGGCGAUCUUAGUUAUCGAACAGCUGGUUCCAAGUUUCCUCAGACGGGUAUGUUUGAAGUUACAAAGGCAGAAGAGGAAGAAAAAACUAGUAGUAGUCCUCCUGCCUCUCCUAGCGCUGGAAGUACCGCAUCUGUACAAGCUCAUCAUGCUUCAAAUCCGAAAGCUUCCGCGUUGCGCGUUACUAUACCUAGCGAACUGCAAGGAGUCGCGUACAUAGAAGUACUAUGCCAGAAAGAUCAAGAGGACCUGUGUAGCGCAAAUAUUAGUUUGCUCAACAACAGUGCACAUAGUUCCAGUGCAGACAUGCAUUGGCAGCAAAAGUUAGAAGCUGCACAGAAUGUUCUCUUUUGCAAAGAGUUGUUCAGUCAAUUGGCAAGAGAAGCUGUACAUUUACGCGCGCCCAUACCUCAUAUGGUUGUCGGUAAUCAAAUAAUGGCGACGGUACUUCCUGGAAUUCAACUAAUUAUAGGACUUUGUCACAGUACAGGAAAUGAUAAGAAACCUACUGCUCCUCCCCCUCAUAAAAGCGAUCACGAUCACGUGUUAGAACAUUCUUUGCAUCAACUAUUGCGCGAAGUACACCACAAAAAUACUCAUCAUCCGUUUCCACAUCCAUCAUCGGGACCUCUUGGGCCUAGUAAACGGAGAUGCUUAGCUGGCCCAACGGCUGCCGACAGAUACGAGCUAUUGGAAAUGACGAAAAGUCAAACGCUGCUAGAACAAAUUAUUCAACAAGCUCAACACUUCUUUAUGAGAUUGCGAACCGAGUACGUUUUAGAUACGAUAGCAAAAGAAGUCAAGGAUCCUUUAAUUGUUUCACAUUGGAACACGUUGAACUCCCCCACACAAUCUUGCGUGAAAAUUAACAUUUUAACGCACGGUUAUGAUAGUGUGUGUCGAACGUCGCUCGUUGUUCAUGUUGGGGAGAAAUCUUUAAAGUGCGUUUGUCGCGACGGUAGAGUGAUGCACAUGAGUUACGAACCUCAAGAACUACGCGACCUAAUCUUUUGUCAGAUUUAUCAGCAUCAAAUAACAGCGGUGCAACAAUUAGCAAAAUGUAUGGGCUGGCAAUUUUUAGCCAAUAGUUCACAUCUCGGUUUAGGUGCAGUGGAACCACUUGGUAACGCUAGCAGUUGUAUUUUGGCGUCGCCAAUAGGCGAUAGGAUGAUAGCUGUUAGAUGUGAACCACAAACGGGUGUGCAAGUAGCGAUAGCUCAUUCUCCUAGGAAAGAUUUCUUCCCUGGGCAAUUGGUACGGGAAAGGAAGUGGGAAAAUUUAGGUGGUUCCUUCAAAGAAGUCCGGUGGGAUAAGAUGGAAGGGAAAAACUUUUUAAAUAAAAUGGAACUACUUAUGGCUUCCUUAACAAGUUCCUAGACGUAAUCAAUAACUGACUAGGAAUCCAAUUGUUCCACAGGGUGAAAAUUUAUGAUCGUACUAUUAAAUUUGAUCUCGCAUACGAUACAUAAAAUAUAUUUCUUAAUUGUACAAUUAAACGGUGGAUGAAUUUGUUCCGAAU